AUGUCGGAUCCGUUCUUCCAGAAAAAGCGCAAGCGGAGCGAUGCACAGGCCAAGGGGCGUGCGGGACGCAAGUCUGCGCGCGACUCCGAUUCAGAGGAUGGCCUGGGCACCGGCGCCGUGGACGAUAUGGAUUUGCGGCACGACUUUGACGAGCCUGUGAACGACACGCAUCAUGAGACGCCUGCGGAAGCCAAAGUGCGCUUAGCCAAGCUGUAUUUGGAAGGGCUUAGAGAAAAAGAGGAAGAUGAUGUCGACGGCAUUGACGCCGCGGCGGUCGAUCGUGAUAACAUUGCUGCGCGAUUGCGCAAGGAUGUGGAAGAGACCGGUGGGCGUAUGCACAUUCGUGUCGCGGCGCGUGUCGCGGCGCCCGUAGACGAAGAUAUCCUCGCUGUGCGUGGUCAUCGUGCGUGUGUGACCUAUGCACGUACCAGUGACGGCGCUGGCUUUCUGUACACGUCCGACAAGGACGGCCGUAUUCUCCAGUGGCGCUUGCGGGAUGGCGCUCAAGUGGGCCUCGUGCCGCGUCAGCGUGGCUACGAAGCUGAGACAGAUACGAUGCACUCUGCUACCAGCGGCGCUGCCCGACGACGUGCGCGUGCGCGCCUCGCAGAGCGAGGACAUGGCGCGUUCUUGGGCGUUACCGAGCUGCGGCCUGGCGAAGGGCAUACAAGCAGUGUCCUGGCGCUCGCUGUGAGUGACGAUGGACAGUACCUUGCGACGGCAGGCAAGGACAAGCGUAUUGGCGUCUGGUCGGUGGGCCCUGACGGUCGUCUGACGUGGCGGAAAGCAUUGUUGGGUCACAAGGACGCCGUGCGCUCUGUGGCCUUCCGAGGCGGGAGUGCCGAGCUGUUUAGUGCGUCGUACGAUCGGACCGUGAAGCUAUUUGAUGCAGCGCAACUUAGCUAUAUCGAAACGCUCUUUGGCCACCAGGAAUCGAUUCAGGACUUGUCGUGCCUCAAGGCAGAGCGUGCCGUCACGGCAGGCGGGCGCGAGCGUACGUGCCGACUGUGGAAGAUCCGUGAAGAGAGUCAAUUGGUCUUCCGUGGCGGUACACGCAGCAAAGUGCAUGCGCUACUGGAAGGUGGCGACCUUGUUGAUACCCCCAUGAAGAAAAACGAGGUGCAAGAAGGCAGUGUAGACUGCGUCGCAAUGAUUGAUGACCACCAUUUCGUGAGUGGUAGCGAUAAUGGAAACCUCUCCUUGUGGUCUGUUGCGAAAAAGAAGCCGCUGUUUAGUGUACAGGCCGCACACGGCAUGGACGAGCGGUACAGCGAGACGGAAGGGGUGCAACGUACACCGCGCUACAUUACGAGCGUGGCUUGCCUGCCCUACGGUGAUAUCUUUGUGUCAGGCUCAUGGGAUGGCGUGGUACGUGUAUGGGCACUCGAUGAUGGCCUACGUUCGUUCCGUUGGCUGUGUGACGUACGUGCACCUGGUAUCGUAAACAGCUUGCAGCUUGUUACGCCAGCCAUCGAACACAUGGACGACUACCCUGUCGUACCGUCGCAGUGGCGUCGUCGUGGUGGUCUUGAUGCGCCGCUCAUGCCAAGCCAGACAAAGGGGCUGACCGUCGACGGGACACAGUCCAAACGCACCACACGUCGCGCAGGCAUUCAAACGACGCAGGAGGGACGUGUCCUUGGCCACAAGGAAAGCAUUGCGCCCCUUCUCAUUGUAGGCCUCGGCUCAGAACCACGUGCUGAUCGCUGGAUCGACGUUCCGCAAGCGCAGAAUGGCGCCUUGGUAGUGCCAUUGUGGCUAUCAUAG